UGUUACUUCAUCUCAUCACUUGUUAUUCUAUUCGUUAUUCCAAUAUUUCUAUGGAAUCCUUUUGUGGUGAUCGUGAGUAGUUGUGAAUACCCAAAUACGUGAUUCAUAUUCACAUUUGCCGACGGGUGUUAUCAAUUCAGAUGAAAUGUUAUUGAUUGCAGUGAUGUUACGGUUCAUUGGUUAGAUUUUAACUAGUUAUAGUUUUCUUACACCGUUUUUCCAAAAGUGUCUUUGAAUGUUGCAAAAGUAAUGUAUCAGGGUUAUAAAUAUAAAAGACCUAAGUUUUUUUGAACCUAGAAAUUUAGCAGUGCGAUUUAUUAAACAUCGCUUAAAGACAUUACAUCUUUUACUUGGAUAUGAUUUGUGAAGGAGAACCAGUAAUCACUGUGGAUGAUGAUGUGGAGAUUGUGGAGAUUGAUGAUAAUGUUUCUUCUGUCAAUUCACAUGGAAGAAAUGAAAACGAUAUCAGUGACGGAGGCAAAGCUGAAGCAGAUCUGUCGAAGUCAGCAUACAUUGAAUAUUUACUCAGCAAUGUGAACAAUCCAUCUGUUGGUAAAAUUCAAGUGAAUAGUUGCCAAGAGACUGAUAUGAGCCGGUCUAUGUAUUCCAAAAAUAUUGAAAUUAGUAAACCACCUUAUUCAUACAAGGAAUUGAUAUUGAAAGUGUUUGAUUUGGUAAAGCUAAAGCCUUUGGAUCUACGUGAUAUAUAUUUCCUAAUAACAGCAACUUUUCCCUACUAUAAGCCGGGAGGGGCUUGGCAAAGUGCUGUAAGACAUGUUCUAUUCUCAGAUCCUACUUUUGUGGCGGAGCCCGAAACAAAUCUUUGGCGAAUAAAUCCAAUAGUGACGUUUCAAAAUAAGCAUUUUGGUUCCAAUAUCCAAUCAAAAAAUGAUCAAAGUUAUCAGUUUUCAUAUCCUUGUCAUGAAUUUUAUUCAUAUAAGUGUUCAGUCAAAGAUACCUGCCAAGAUGCAGUAUUGGAUUGCAGAACGAACUUUAAUUAUACUAAAACCUCAUAUGCUAGUUUAGAUGUCAGAAAACCUAAUUUUGAUUAUGUUUUUUCUAAUCAACAUAAUGUGUUUUCUAAAAUUGAAAAUCAACCAUAUAGGCCACCAGUCACUGGAGAAUCUCUCAAUGAGUGUAAUAUCUGUGCAUCACUUAAUAACGGGAAUAACUCCUCUCAUAGGUACCACACGAAUGAAAUCUUCAGAAAUAGUUACUCAAAUGUCUGCAACAAUAUGUGUCAGCAAAAUGUUAACAAUUAUACACAGCGAGCUUCAAGUUCAUGGACAUUUGCAGACUGUGACAGUCCAUUAAAUAGUGGACUGAGUUUGUCAUUGGCAAACACAUUGAUGAAUUUAUCUUUCGAAUCCUUUAUUCCAACUAUAUCUUCAACUUGUAGUAAACCGAUCAGUACAUUAUCUGAAAUAUCAGCGCAGUGUAAUACUGGCGCAAAUGAAAUACAACAACAGAGAGUUCAGGAGUUGUAUUCUACUUUUGCCAAUAAUGAUUCUCAAGAUUCAGGCAAGGUAUUAACAAACAGCCAAACAAAGGUUUAUGAUGAAUUAGAUUGUUGUUCACCAAUGGACUUUAUUGAUUCAUCAGAACCAACAGAUGAAAUUAGUGCUUCAUCAGAAUCCUCAACUUCAUUCCAAACUUGUUUAAAUGAAACAAACAACUUAACUGAAGUGGAUUCAUCCUGUUCAUUUGCAGAUCUACCAAAUGACUCUAAUAGUACCAAAUCAGAUGACAACUUAAAUACUGAUUCUCCUUUUGUAAACUCUGCCCAACCUAAGAUUCAUAUUGACUUACAAAUACCCAUUUAUGGACCAGUAUCUAUAAGAGAGGCCAAAAGCUCUUUUCUCAACAGCAGUAAUAAAAGUGAAACUGUGGUUGGAAAUGGACAAUUAAAUCACCAAAUUUACACAGUCAAUAACAACACUACUGAAGUAACUGCACUGGUAAAUUCAAGUUUCUACAGUUUAAAGGAAAGUGUUGAAAAAUCAAAUCGUUGUAAAAAUGUUACAUCAAAUUUUAAUGGAUCUAUAAGUACUACCAAUACAACAAUGCAAAUAGAAGAUGGUAGUUUAAAAGAAAGUGUGGAAAAAGCAAAUCGUUGUAAUAAUAUUACAUCAAAUUUUUAUGGAUCUAUAACUACUUCAAUGCAAAUAGAAGGUGAUAGUUUAAAAGAAAGUGUUGAAAAAUCAAAUCAUUGUAAUAAUAUUACAUCAAAUUUUUAUGGAUCUAUAACUACUUCAAUGCAAAUAGAAGGUGAUAGUUUAAAAGAAAGUGUUGAAAAAUCAAAUCAUUGUAAUAAUAUUACAUCAAAUUUUGAUGGAUCUAUAAAUACUACUAAUACAACAAUGCAAAUAGAAGAUGGUAGUUUAAAAGAAAGUGUGGAAAAAGCAAAUCGUUGUAAUAAUAUUACAUCAAAUUUUUAUGGAUCUAUAAAUACUUCAAUGCAAAUAGAAGGUGAUAGUUUAAAAGAAAGUGUUGAAAAAUCAAAUCAUUGUAAUAAUGUCACAUCAAAUUGUGAUGGAUCUAUAAAUACCAAUACAACAAUGCAAAUAGAAUAUGAUAGUUUAAAAGAAAGUAUUGAAAAAUCAAGUCAUUGUAAUAAUGUUACAUCAAAUUUUGAUGGAAUUAUAAGUACUAAUUCAUCAAUGCAAAUAGAAAAUGAUAGUUUAAAAAUGAUGAUGGAUUUAUCUGCAACUAACAAAUCCACAGAUGCUUACUGUAUUAGUCUAAUUGUGGAUAGGACCAAUGUUGAUUCGGAAAUAUCUAAGAGUGUUUUGAAUGAAACAAACAAAUUAAUUAAAAUGGAUUUACAAUCCUGUACACUUGUAGAUUUAUCAGAGAAUUCUAAUACAACUAAGUUGAAUGAAAACUUAAUUGCUGAUUCUUAUGUUAUAAAAUCUAUUCAGUCUAAAAAUUGUAUGGAUACAAAAGUUCCCGUUUCUGGACUCAUUUCUGCUAGAGAAACCAAGAGCUCUACAUCCAAUAGCAAUAGUGAAAGUGAAUUUGCGGUUGAAAAUAACAAACUAAACAGUCGAAUUUAUACUAACAGUAACAACGAUUUGGAGGUAUCAGUGAACACAACUUUCUCCAGUCAAAAAGAAUCUGUUGAAGAGUCAAAUGAUUUGAGUAAUGUUACGCUACAAUGUGAUACACCUAUAAUAAUCAAUACAUCAAUACAAAGUGAAGAUGAUGAUAUAAACAUUUCCAAAUUAUCUUCAAAUAACAAAUCUUCAGAUGUUGACUGUGUUAGCCAGACUGUAGAGAGAAGCAAGGCUGAUUGGGAAAUAUCUCUGAUGAACAUUGAUAUACAUCUAUCAGCACUAGAAAAUUUGAAAGAGUUGCAUUCAACUUUUUCAAUGCCAGUAAUAGAAACUGCUACAUCUCAAAUGUUUCCUCCAGGAGUUUUUUCUAACAAAGGCAUAGAGUGUAACACCAAUAAUAAAAGUUGUGGCUCCUCGAGUCUUCCUGUUGGUUCCAAAAACUAUUCACACGAUUUGAAAUAUAUUGAAUGCUCUGCAGAAAUGAAAGAAUGUAGAGCUUUAUUCAAAGAAGUAUCUGCUGAAGGCGGAAGUUCAGAAAUAAGCGAUUCAGAUGAAAUUAAGUCGGAUGGAGGAGGCAUUAUCGGAUUGGCAAGUUGUUCAAAAUCACAAACUGGCAAUGAUAAUUCUGUGUCAUCAUUUCCUAGUUCUCCAGAUGAUGUGCCAGCAGAGCAAGCAACAAAAUCUCAGAAGAAACGAAGAAAUGUUGGCCCAACGAGGAUACGAGGAUUCAGCAAGCCCUCUGGCUCUUACUGCCAGAUGAUCACACAGGCACUGGCCUUAUGCCCUAACAAACGUGCCACUGCCCUCCAGAUCUGCGAGUUGAUCGCCAAUAAACAUGAUUAUUACCGACAUUAUACAGGCAGCUGGCAAGGUUCAAUCUACUCAGCUUUGACGAAUCGGAAGAAGUUUUUUAUGAUCGCCGAUAUGACCUCAAGUGGUGAAUAUAUCUGGGGUUUCAACCCAAUGUUUGAGAAGUAUAUAAUAGACAAAUGGUUACCCACGAAAAUGAAGAAGAAUAUUUGUAUGACUCCUACAACGGUGACAACGCCUCUUUUGUCUCAAGCAAGUCCUGACAUGUCCGUCAUAAGACCUGUCACAACAACGAUGAGCUCUGUCAUAACCGAAACUGUGAUUUUAUCAGAUAAUGAGGAAACUCUAACACCUGUGAUUGUUAGCACUGAGAGUCUGAGAACUGAGUCGGAGGCAUUGGAGCCAGAGUUCACUCUCGCAGAUCCUGAUCUCCAAGACAUAACUACAAUUGACGGGUGGGGACCAAUGAUUACAGUCUCAGCGGAUGCAUCUGAUGGAGACGAUUUUUGUGUUAGUAAUUGGAAGAUAAACAAUGUUAUAUCCUACGAAGAAAAAGCUUACAGAGUUAGCUUUCAAAAAGAACACACCAACGUGAUAGAGAAGUUUCGGUUGCACUGCACCGUGUGCGACUGCCACCUGGGCAGUAAGGCGAGUGAAGCGAAGGAGCGAGUGAGGCUCCACUCCAGACUCGGAGUCUUGACGUGCGUACAAUGCUACAUACUGACGCAAGCUAUAACCAAAGCCCCCUCCUGUUUCUGGUGUCGCCGAUGUGACGAGGAGACCCACUUCUAUUGCUCGUCUUGCCAUGCCAAUUUCUGUGAUAAUUGUUUGAAACGAAAUUUUGGCCACAGUUGGUGGAAAAUCAACUUCAAGAAAACAAAGAAUUGGCUGUGUUUUUUGUGCAACAAUAAACAGAUCUGGCCGCACCGUGCCAUCGCUCACUGCCUUCUCCGUCACUACUCUCAACUGACUUGUUUGAAAAAGCUGAUGAAGAGCGGUACAAAGAAUGAUAUUGCGAAUUCAGAUGAAACACAAUUCUUUGAUGAGGAUAAAUCAAAUUGCUGCAAGGAAACCACAGAGAAAUCCGGGGAACUGUCUUCUGAGUCUUCCAUUAAUCUUGGUCUUGGUGCACAAGUGUUACCUCCCGGCUCUCCUUUGGCUGAGAACAAAAACACACAAAUCAACAAUGAUCCUGGCCCGCCCAUUGGAUCACCACAGGAUGUCAACUCUCGAAUCAAUAAUAAAUCUGACUUCACCCCAAGACUGUCUAAACCUCAAGUGUUCAUUGUCGAAAAGCAACAACCAGGUCACAUUUAUGUCCAGGCCUCUGUGGGUGGUCCUUCUGUUACCCUCAACACAGGGACUCAGUACAUACACAAUGUCUAUCCGGAUAAAAAUUAUGUUCUAGUGCAGCCUCCAAACUUAAACAGACUUACUUCUGAAAGCAUUCCUAAUAUGAUGAGUUCAUUACCACAAACUCAGUCUGCAGGAAACCCGGUGUUGGAAUCCAGUUAUAGCCCCAGUUCGUUGAAUCGUUCGAACUUUACCAAUUACCACACGGCUAAGUAUACACCUCCAACAUUCGUUGACUGUUCAGCUCCUCCACAAACGUCAAAUAAAUUGGUUAAAACUGAAACCGUUUCUACACCCGACCAGGUCAAAGGGUCUGUAAAAAAUUUUCUUCAAUCUCCUACGAUACAGAACAUACACAUCCUUCCCGGUGGAAUGUUGGUGACCAACCGGAUUGAUGAAAGUGGGGAUAUGAUAGUACCCGACCAACCACAAGAACUUAUUUCUCAUGAACAAGAACCAUUGCAAGAGAUUUCAAUUCGAGAGAAGCUCAAGGAGAAAAUACAAAGUAGACCCAUGCCAAAAUCAAAGAAACAGUCUCUUUUGAGAGCUGUGUUGAUGAGCGAGAGUAUAGAGUCAAUGAAAAAAACAGUUGCAAACUGUUGAAGUCAGUCCUAAGUCAGUUCCUGCAGCCCCGCCAAAAGCCAUUCCUGCCAAUACCAGUGAUGCAGACAAAGACAUUGAAGAACCAAUUUUAAAAUCUAUCAUACAGACUGCGACAGAACGUCUGCUGGAUAUCCAGAAAAAGAGUAUAGUGCCACAAAAUGGCAGUGAUAAUAAUGUUGUCGAUUUGAGUGACAACAAAGAUUUAAUAUCUUCUCAGACUAAAAACACCUCUGUCACAUCUGUGGAGAGCCAUGUUCCAAAAAUAAAAAUUAAAACUUUACAAGAACUUCAACAGGUUAAAGGAUAUGUUGACAUUGAAAAAAACACUCAAAACCCAAUCACUAACUCCAAAACAAUUGAAUUAAAUAAAGAA